CGGGUGUGUGUUUCCUGCUGCAGUUGACGUUCACGGCAUUCGAGACAUUUGGCGCCAUCGUCGAGGGCCUCGAAAAAGCAACCCGACUGAUAGCCCGAUGCGGGAUUAUUGAAGCCCUGGUCAUCCGGCAUCGUAGCGGAACGACUGGUGCGAAAGUGGGGUUAGAAGAGGAGCUGGUGAAGCUGUAUUCGGCGGUCCUGGGAUUCCUUUGCAAGGCUAAGAAACACUAUGAUGGGUCUCGCAUGAGUAGGUGGAAUCAUUCUGUGAGUCUCUCCAAGAAUCGGUCAAAGAAAUGGAGGCUGCGGAGCAGAAGGUACUAGUUAUGAAGGGUCUAGUUGACAGCGAACGGAUCCAAAACAUCGAUCAAAGCAUUUCGACUAUGCUCUUUACUGUGACCUCUGUCGCAAACGGUGUCGACAAUAUGCAGACGCGACUGGAUGAAGCACUGGCUGACCUCGAUCAACCUAUAGUUAGAAUUGCGGAUGAGAUGUCCGAUCUGCAUAUUGCGCUCAAAGAAAACGAGAGGAGCGAGCUCCUACAGUGGCUUUCGACUAUCUCCGUACAACAACACUACAGGGAAACAUUGGCAUCUGUACUCCCGGGUUCCGGGGAGUGGCUUUUAAAGCAGCCAUGCUUCGUGAAUUGGAAGGAUUCGAGUAGUUCUGAAUCUUUCUGGCUUCAUGGAGUCCGUAAGUCCCACCCAGACAUACAUUGUAUAUUUACAGUUAUAAGCUGACAGAGAGUAAAGCGGGUUGUGGGAAAACCAAGUUGGCGUAAGCUUCUAAUGCAGUGAGAAUAGUUAUGCCUACUGAUGC